GCGGCGGUCGGUUCGGACGGUUCGGCAGAAGACCCGCUGGGCAGCUACACGGUCUGUGUCGGGUUAUAUAAUCCCAGAGACCGAGUCCGGACCGUGACUCCGCACAAACACUAAAACAUUUACCGCAGACGAUCCUCCUGGCCAAGUUUCAGGACUGACAAGUUCCAGCAACUAAAGCUGGCUGAGUUUAAAGCUACUUCCGGUUUCUGCUUUCACAAUAAAACACAUCGAGUCUCUCAGCGCAGUGAAACUACAAUCAAACAAUCAGAAGUGACUGUUUUUAAAACUGUUCAUCUUGUAUUGUUGUUUAUAUGUUAGUGUGUUUCAGUGAACAUGUUCACAACAAGUUUUGUUUGUAUUUUAAAGUUUAUUUAUGUUUUAUUUUAAAGAAGAAUUUUACAUUAUCCGGAAAAAUCACAAUUAUAAACUCUUACUUCACGAACAUUAAAUCCCGCCCUCAUAACGCUUCCGGCGCCCCCAUUGGUCCUCUACUUCCGGGUCUUUAAAACGCCUGUCUCCGAUUGGCUGUUUUUUUAUCUUGCCAAUCAUCGGUAAACGACGUGCAGCCGAGGAGGAGGCUGAAGUUCACCGAAGUUCAGCAGUUUUCAAGGAAAACGCCUUCACACGCAAAGAUUGCGUUAUCUCACGCGCAACUCACAAUGAACGGAGGAAAACACAGGUCUCUGUUUUUCCUGGGACUUCCUGACCUGAAGAAGCUGGUCUGUGUGACCCUCAGGCUGCGGGAGGAGGAGGACGAGGAGCUGAGGAGCCAGCAGAUGAAGAGCUGCAGAGAGCUGCUGCUGAUGUUCUCAGACGUCCUGGCCUGUCCCGCUCCGGACUCCUUCUCUGACAUCACAACAGUCAUGGCUCUGCAGCUGGGUUCUCCUCAGCUCGUGUUUCCUGGGGACCUGCAGUGCUCUCUGUCCUACUCUCUGGUCACCCGACUGGCUCCCAGGUGGAACAAAGCAGGACUUUACCUGGUGGCAGGUAAAGACUUCCUGUCAGAUCGAGGACGUCUCAGUGCCGUCAGUCUGGAGCUGAGCAGCAGCCAGGGACACCUGUGUCUGAGCCUCCAAGCCCACAUCCUCCGGCUGCCUCCACCUACA